AUGCAAAUUGUUUCUGAUCUAUCUAUCUAUCUAUCUAUCUAUCUAUCAGAUUCUGCUCAUUAUCUAUCUAUCUAUUCUGUUCAUUAUCUAUCUAUCGAUCUAUCUAUCUAUCGAUCUAUCUAUCUAUCUAUCUAUCUAUCUAUCUAUCUAUCUAUCUAUCAAAUUAUUGAUCGCUUAACCGCCGGACUUGGAACUCGGCCGGUCUUGGACCUCGACCGGACUUGGAACUCGGCCGAAUAUGGAACUCGACCAGUCUUGGAACUCGACCGGUCUUGGAACUCGACGGGACGUGGAACUCGACCGGACUUGGAACUCGACAGGACCGGACAUGGAACUCGACCGUGGAACUCGACCGUACUUGAACUCGGCCGGACAUGGAACUCGACCGGACUUGGAACUCGGCCGGACAUGGAACUCGACCGGACUUGGAACUCGAUCAGACACGGAACUCGAUCGGUCUUUGAACUCGAUCGGACCUGGAACUCGACUAGUCUUGGAACUCGAUCAGACAUGGAACUCGAUCGGUCUUUGAACUCGAUAGGUCUUGGAACUCGACUGGACUUGGAACUCGGCCGGACAUGGAACUCGACCGGACUUGGAACUCGAUCAGACAUGGAACUCGAUCGGUCUUGGAACUCGACCGGAUUUGGAACUCGGCCGAAUAUGGAACUCGACCAGUAUUGGAACUCGGCCGAAUAUGGAACUCGACCAGUCUUGGAACUCGACCAGACUUGGAACUCGACCGGUCUUGGAACUCGACGGGACGUGGAACUCGACCGGACAUGGAACUCGACCGGACUUGGAACUCGGCCGGACAUGGAACUCGACCGGACCUGGAACUCGACUAGUCUUGGAACUCGAUCAGACAUGGAACUCGAUCGGUCUUGGAACUCGACCGGAUUUGGAACUCGGCCGAAUAUGGAACUCGACCAGUCUUGGAACUCGGCCGAAUAUGGAACUCGACCAGUCUUGGAACUCGACCAGACUUGGAACUCGACCGGUCUUGGAACUCGACGGGACGUGGACUUCGACCGGACAUGGAACUCGACCGGACUUGGAACUCGGCCGGACAUGGAACUCGACCGGACUUGGAACUCGAUCAGACAUGGAACUCGAUCGGUCUUUGAACUCGAUCGGUCUUGGAACUCGACCGGACUUGGAACUCGGCCGGACAUGGAACUCGACCGGACCUGGAACUCGACUAGUCUUGGAACUCGAUCAGACAUGGAACUCGAUCGGUCUUGGAACUCGACCGGAUUUGGAAUUCGGCCGAAUAUGGAACUCGACCAGUCUUGGAACUCGGCCGAAUAUGGAACUCGACCAGUCUUGGAACUCGACCAGACUUGGAACUCGACCGGUCUUGGAACUCGACGGGACGUGGAACUCGACCGGACAUGGAACUCGACCGGACUUGGAACUCGGCCGGACAUGGAACUCGACCGGACUUGGAACUCGACGGGACGUGGAACUCGACCGUACUUGGAACUCGGCCGGACAUGGAACUCGACCGGACUUGGAACUCGGCCGGACAUGGAACUCGACCGGACAUGGAACUCUCAGACGGGAACUCGAUCGGUCUUUGAACUCGAUCGGUCUUGGAACUCGAGCGGACUUGGAACUCUCCGGACAUCAACUCGACCGGACCUGAACUCGACUAAUCUUGGAACUCGACCGGACUUGGAACUCGGCCGGACAUGGAACUCGACCGGACUUGGAACUCGAUCAGACAUGGAACUCGAUCGGUCUUUGAACUCGAUCGGUCUUGGAACUCGACCGGACUUGGAACUCGGCCGAAUAUGGAACGCGACCAGUCUUGGAACUCGACCAGACUUGGAAUUCGACCGGUCUUGGAACUCGACGGGACGUGGAACUGAUCGGACUUGGAACUCAACCAGACAUGGAAUCGACCGGACUCUCGGCCGAAUAUGGAACGCGACCAGUCUUGGAACUCGACCAGACUUGGAAUUCGACCGGUCUUGGAACUCGACUUAG